GCCGAAGCAAAAGAAAAAAUUCAAAAAAGAACUUAAAACAAAAAUGGAAAAAGUUUUCUCUGUGGAAGAAACCUCCUGUAAUAACGACCAUCUUUGGUCGGAACCAGCAAAAGAAUCUGAUGGAACGUCUGGAAUGAACCGUAGUGACUCCGAGUGGGCAUUCCAUCGCUUCAUUCAAGAAUCCUCCGCCGCCGCAGAGGACGCUGCAUCUGCGUAUGGCGUUUCUGUCUCUGAACCUGCUUCUCCGGUAGAUUCUCAUGACUACAGAGAGAUUCUGAAGAACAAACUCAAUCUAGCUUGUGCUGCUGUCGCCAUGAAAAGGGGAGCUUUCAUAAAACCUCAGGAUACAUCUGGUAGAUCUGAGAAUGUUGGAGCUUAUACAUCAAGUGCAUCAGACCAAGGCUCCUUAGCUUCUUCCACAGCUGCACCAGUGAUGAGCAGUACCAUAACAAGUGGAUCCGAGUUCUCUGGUGAUGAAGAAGAAGCUGAUGGUGAAACUAAUAUGAAUCCUACUAAUGUUAAGCGUGUCAAAAGGAUGCUCUCUAACAGGGAAUCAGCUAGACGAUCAAGAAGAAGAAAGCAAGCACACCUGAGUGAGCUAGAGACACAAGUUUCAGAGCUGCGUGUAGAGAAUACAAACCUCUUGAAAGGUCUCACUGACGUAACUCAGACAUUCAAUGACGCAUCUGUUGAAAACAGAGUUUUGAAAGCUAAUCUAGAGACACUACGAGCUAAAGUGAAAAUGGCUGAAGAGACAGUGAAGAGAAUCACAGGGUUUAACCCAAUGUUCCACACUAUGCCUCAGGUUUCAAGUGUCUCUAAUUCUUCAGACACAAGCAUUCAAACGACCACACCGGAGAUCAGCUCAAGCAGCAACAAAAGCAAAGGGUUGGUAGGUUGCAAAAUGAACAGAACAGAGUCGAUGAGGAGAGUUGCGAGUUUGGAGCAUCUGCAGAAACGUAUUCGCAGCGUUGGCGAUAAGUAGCGUUGUGAAGAAGAAGAAACUUGAUUUGUAUAACAUUAUCACAGAUAGAGAGAGGCAUUGAGACAAAAAAAAGUUAUAUGUUGUGUAAAGAAUUGUCUGACCUAGUUUUAUCUCUGAUUCUCUCUUAAUGUAUUGUCAAUCUCUUUUUCAACAUGUAAUAUCCGGUAAUAUUUUAGAAAAUAUAUAUUUCAAGAAACAAAUGGAAUGUUAUUUUCUCAAAUAUUAGUCUCAGUUUAUAUCAAACAGGUC